CGCCAUUUCCUGGGGAAAUCUCGGUAGUGGGAGAGGGUGAGUUUGCAUGGCAAAUCACAAGCAAGAAAGAAGAAAAGUUUUACAAGGAAGUAGAUGCAGAAGAUUGUGCCUACGUUCUUACUAUGGGCUGGAUGCCGCUAAAAUAGGGCUUGGGUCAUCUGCUGUUCAAUUUGUCUUAGGAGGAUACGUAAACUGGAAGCGAUUUGUACAGCCUUUCAUCUUCCACAAAGGGGGCUGAAUGGUUUGUUCUGCUUAGUCCUGAGGCUACAUCAAUGCUCCAAUGAAUGAAAAAACAUUUGGAGAUCCUCAAGAUUCCUUCAACCUAUUUGGAAUUGUGUUAUAGGACAGAAAAAGAAUGGCAAGCCGUUUAGCAAAUGAGAGAACUGGAAAAACCCCUUCUGGUGCGCAGUCUGGAAUCCACGGGGAGAUCUCGGCAAGAACUGGGCAGAAGAAGCUGGAAGAAGGAAUUAUCGUUUCACAAGUUCAGGCUUUGAAUUUCAGGAGCGUCCAAUAUCAGGAGGAUGAGGGUCCCCGAGGACUUUGCAGCCGACUCCACUACUUUUGUAGUCGAUGGUUGAGACCAGAAAAGCACACAAAAGCACAGCUACUGGACCUGGUUGUUCUGGAGCAGUUCUUGGCCCUUCUGCCCCUGCAGAUGGAGAGCUGGGUGCGGGAGUGUGGAGCAGAGACCAGCUCCCAGGCGGUGGCCCUGGUGGAAGGUUAUCUCCUGAGCCAGGCGGAGGAGAAAAAGGAGCAGGUUGAGUCGCAGCCCUUCACUGUGGAGAAUAGAGAUCCUGAGAGAAGGAGACAUCUAUCCGAUACCCCCCGGGAACUAUUUUUCUUAAGGAUUACUCAGGAUGACACAAAUCAAGAAGCAUCCAGAGGAAAGAAUAGAGGGAAGCUGACUGUCCCUUAUGAUAAAGAUGAAACAAUGGCGGAACCAACAACUCAAGGGGGUUUUGUGCCCUUUGAGGAGGUGGCUGUUUAUUUCUCAGAGGAGGAGUGGUCUCAGCUGGAUUCUGACCAAAAAGCUCUGCAUUGGGAAGUCAUGCUGGAGAAUUAUAGGAACAUGGCUUCUUUAGGUAAUAAUGGGCAGGAAAAUAAAGAGUCAGUUGAACUAUUCCAAAAGUUCAGACAUGGGAACAGAACAGAGAAGCCUGCAAAUCAAAUGGAACAACAAAGGCAAGAGAGAAACCCGUCAAACAAUUGGAAUAAGGAAAGCUCAUCUUCAGUUGAUGCUCAGUUGCAAGGCUUUCUUGACCAACUAGGAAAAAUAGAGAAAAAAUAUAUUGGGAAAGGUAUAGAACUAUUCAAAGACAUAUUAGAUGUAAACGAAUAUUAUCCAACCCAAGCCAAACCAGAAGCCUAUAUAUGCAAAGACAAUGGAAAAAAUUACAAUGGGACUUUUACUCUUUCUAGGGAAACAGUGACAUCUCAUAAAAGGAUGCACGUAGGAGAGAAGCCGUUUAAAUACUUUGAGUAUGGAAAGCACCAAUGGGGUCAUCUUAUUUCCCAUAACAGUAGACAUAUAGAAGAGAAGCCGUAUAAAUGCCUGGUGUGUGGAAAGGGCUUUAGCCAAAAAAGCACCCUUAUUAACCAUCAAAUGAUCCACACAGGAGGGAAGCCAUUUAAAUGCAUGGAGUGUGGAAAGGGCUUUAGCCAAAAGAGCACCCUUAUUAACCAUCAAAUGAUCCACACAGAGGAUAAGCCAUAUAAAUGCAUGGAGUGUGGAAAGGGCUUCAGAGAUGGCAGAUAUAUAACACGCCAUCAAAGGAUCCACACAGGGGAGAAGCCAUAUAAAUGCAUGGAAUGUGGAAAGAGCUUCAGAACAAGCAGUAAACUUACAUCCCAUCAAAGGAUCCACACAGGGGAGAAGCCAUAUAAAUGCAUGGAGUGUGGGAAGGGCUUUAGCCAUAAGAGUGCCCUUAUUACCCAUCAAAGGAUCCACACAGGAGAGAAGCCUUAUAAAUGCAUGGAGUGUGGAAAAAGCUUUAGAACAAGCAGUAAGCUUACACCCCAUCAAAGGAUCCACACAGGGGAGAAGCCAUAUAAAUGCAUGGAAUGUGGAAAGGACUUCAUAACAAGCAGUAAACUUAAAUCCCAUCAAAGAAUCCACACAGGAGGAGGAAUCAACUUACUGGUAAUAAAAGGAUCUAAAUGGGAAAAACCAUACAAAUCCUUGGAGUGCAGAAAGGGUUUCAGCCAAACUAGCAAUCUUACUUCCCAUAAGAAGAUAUGUACAAGGGAAAAGCCAUCGACUGAUUGGACGUUUCCUUUAACCUUGCUGUAUUGUUUAUUUCUCUUUGCCCUUGAAGGUGAUAAUGAGAAGGACCAUGAAGAGUCCAGAGAAUCAUUCCAAAGGUUCAGGCAUAGAGACGUAAUUGAGAAGCCUUCAAUUCAAACAGAAUUCCAGAGGCAGGAGACAAACGCCUCAAGUAAUUGGAAUAAGGAAAGCUCAUUUUCCAUUGAAGUUCACAUGCAGGAACUUAUUGAGGAAGGGGGCAAAAUACAGAAGAAAUGUAUGGAGAAAGGUGUAAAACUAUCCAAAGACACAUUAGAGGUAAAUGAACAUUAUCCAGCCACAUCCAAAGAACGGGAUUAUAUACUCAAAGACAAUGGAAAAAAUUACAAUUGGUGUUUCCCAUUUUCUCAGGAAAAUGAGUCUCUUAUAUCACAAAAAAGUUUUCCCGUCUGGGAGAAUCUGGAGAACGGCUUGGAGAAUGGAAAUAGCUUCUGUGAAAUAAAGUCUUUGACUGCUCAAGAAAGCAACCACAAGGCGAAACCACAUAAAUGCAUGGAAUGUGGAAAGAGCUUCAAGGUAAACUAUUCUCUUACUCUUCAUCGAAGGACCCACACAGGGGAGAAGCCAUUUGAAUGCUUUGAGUGUGGAAAGUCUUUUAGUCAGAGAAAUCACCUGAAAUCCCAUCAAAGCAUCCACACAGGUGAGAAGAAAUACAAAUGCAUGGAGUGUGGAAAGAGCUUCACACAGUCCAGUGGCCUCAUUAGUCAUAAAAGGAUCCACACAGGGGAGAAAUCAUUUAAGUGCAUGGAGUGUGGAAAGGGCUUCACUACAAGCAGUGCCCUUAUUCUCCACAAAAGGAUCCACACAGGGGAGAAACCAUACAAAUGCAUGGUGUGUGGAAAGAGCUUCAGCCAAUCCAGUGGCCUCGUUAUUCAUAAAAGUAUCCACACAGGGGCAAAGCCAUAUAAAUGCAUGGAGUGUGGAAAGAGCUUCAGGGUAAAUCAUUCUCUUACUCUCCAUCAAAUGACCCACACAGGAAAGAAGCCUUUCACAUGCAUUGUGUGUGGAAAGUCUUUUAGUCAGAGGAAUCACCUUACUCUCCAUCAAAACAUCCACACAGGUGAAAAGCCAUACAAAUGCAUGGAGUGUGGAAAGAGCUUCACCCAGCCCAGUGGCCUCAUUAGUCAUAAAAGGAUCCACACAGAGGAGAAGCCAUUUAAAUGCAUGGAAUGUGGAAAGGACUUCAGUACAAGUAGUGCCCUUACUGUCCAUAAGAGAAUCCACACAGGGGAAAGGCCAUUUAAAUGCAUUGUGUGUGGAAAUUCUUUUAGCCAGAGCCAUCAUCUUACUCACCAUCUGAGAAUCCACAUGGGAGAAAUGAUUGAGAAAAGACAUUUAAAUGCAUGGAGUGUGGAAAGGGCUUCAAUACAAGCAGUGCCCUUACUUUCCAUAAGAGGAUCAAACACAGGGGAAAGGCCAUUGAAAUGCAUGGAAUGUGGAAAGAGCUUCAGAGCAAGCAGUGAUCUUACAUUCCAUCAACGGAUCCACAUAGGAGAUAAACCAUCUAAAUGCACGGAGUGUGGAAAGGACUUCACUACAAGCAGUGCCCUUUUGAUAAGAAGAUCCACACAGGGGAAAAACAGGAGGAGGAGAAAUGACCUAAUUUCCCAUACAGCGAUACACUUGGGUGGGAACAAUAUGUAAAUUCUAUAAAGUUACAUUUAUGAAUUUUCCUAUUUACAGUGAUUGAGCUUGCAAAGGAAUUGUCUGUCCAUGGGAUAUGAAUUUACUAACAAAAAUAAAAAAACAAUGGAUGGGUGUCAUUUUAAUUAUGAUCUGGAUUAUUGAAGGUGUUUACAUUUAAGUAUGAUUUCUUUUCAAAAGUAAGAUUCCUAUUCUCCACUUGUUUCUUCUUCCCGUGUGAUCACACUCAAAAGGAUUUGAAUUUCCUUUUUUUUCCUCCUCUUACCCUUUCUGAUUCAUUAAUAGAUACCCAAUUUAUUAGAGUACUUUCCUCCAUCCUCAGGAAAGUUGGAACAGUUCAGCCGAGAGAUUGUAGGCCAGUGAUGGCGAACCUUUUAGGCAAAACUAUACACGUCUGCAUGCCUUAACUGAAAGGUGUGUAUAUUUGCAUGGAAACAUGCCUUUGCGUGGACAUGCACAAAUGUGCAUAGGCACGCAUGUGUAUCAGAGAUCUGAAACUAGCUGGCUGGCGGGAGGUGGGGCAUCCCAACGUCAGCUGCAUGGCAAGAGGUAAGAAAUGUGCCAAUCACAAAUCCGUGGGACCAAACUAAAUAAGUUUGAGUUUAAAAAAAUAUUUCCGAAAACUACUUUUGAUCUUCCUGACCACAAAUGAGACGGGGAGCCAUCUCUGUGAUGUGAAGAAUUCCAAAAGACUCAAAAGCUGCAUUCCCAGCGUAGAACUGUGACCUGAGCCAGGUACUAUGUAUAGAGAAGCAUGGAGCCUUAUUUAGUGAAAGGCCUCAUAAUCUGAGGCAAAUGUCACAUGCACAUCAAUGCGUGAGAAAAGCUGAAAGGAUGAUGGAUUCCUGUUUCUCUUAAGGGCCUAGAAUGAUGAUAUGCCUCCACUCCCAAAUGCAUGUGCAAAAUCUGUUUUCAAGCAUUACAAUGAUACAGUUUCUUUUUCUUGCUGCGCCAUUCUUCCAAUUUUGUAGGCACUGCCACUAUAGGAUUUAAGGCUAUUUUAAUAAACUUCAAACACAUUCAUUUAUUAUCUUUCAAGUCAAAAUGUUGUUUU